UCAUGGCUUACUCUCAGCUGGGAUACUCCUACUCCACCACUCCGCAGUUUCUGAUGACCUCCAGCUCUCUGGCCGGCUGUCUGGAGCCGGGAACGCCUCCGUCACACCCGGUGCUGCGCUCCCCGGCCCACCAGCUCACCUCUGGCACCGGCAUCGGAGUCUACAGCGGGACUUACCCAAAGAGCCAAGGAUACUAUAACACCUGCACCAGCGACGCCACCGCUCUCUACUCCAGAGGGCCACUUGAUCCCAAAGACGGAGCUGCCUCUGUGGGGACAUCUCAGACUCCUGCCUACUAUCCCUAUGAAUAUACAUUUGGACAAUAUCCAUAUGACAGAUAUGGGUAUUCCUGCUCUGACGGAGCUUCCCGUCGUAAAAAUGCCACCCGAGAGACCACCAGCACCCUGAAGGCUUGGCUGCAGGAGCACCAGAAGAACCCGUACCCCACAAAGGGAGAGAAGAUAAUGCUCGCCAUCAUCACCAGGAUGACUCUUACACAGGUGUCUACAUGGUUUGCCAAUGCACGCAGGAGGCUGAAGAAGGAGAACAAGGUGACGUGGUCACCGCGGGCUUGUAAAAGCUCUGACGACCGGGGCUGUGACGAUGACAGCGACGAAGCUGAGAAGCCGCUUAAAAAUGAGAAAGACCUUCCUGAUCAACAGUGUGCAGACCUGCAGAGUGACCUUGAGGACUUCGACCUGCUGGAGUCAGACGGUUCUGACUGUGAACCCAAGCCACAGUUUCUACCUGAGGACAGUGACGCAAACUCAAACACAGACCGCCCACGUGGGCAUCUCACACACAACCCAGACGCACUGCACGGGAAAGAGAGAUUGUCUCCAGACUGCCCCAAACUCACGCCGGUCCAACAGCAAAACAGCCCCUUCUAUUCCAACCCAGACCCUCGAAGUACACACACCAAGCCCAAAAUCUGGUCCAUCGCUCACACUGCUGUGUCUCUGGACGGCAGCUUGCAGCCAGAGUACCCUCCCUGCAUGCUGUCAUCAGCUGGGUCCUCCUCUCCUGGGUAUCCAUCAAAUAUGGCACUAACCAAGGCAGACAGGGAACAGGAGUCACCGGUCGCCACACUCAGAGAAUGGGUGGACGGAGUUUUCCAUGGUCCUCCUUUCCAACAGCCCAAACCAGCUGAGGCGUGGAAAGGCUUAAAUGAUGGCGUGAUAGACAGCAGAACACCCGGACAGUCCUUUGAACUUGUUAGGUCGACGUCGUCUUUGUAGUCCACCCGACGCACCGUCAACGGAAUAUUUCAAAGACUGAUGGACUUGAAACAGAAAGUCUAUAUUUUGUUGUUGUGACUUGACCAAUUGACCGUUCACAAAACGCCAUUCCCCUCAGUUACUGUUACGUCUGUCAAACUUUUUGUUCUCACAUAUAUGGAUUUACAAUAAUAACAGUGCCAUUAAAAUUUUUUAGUAAUUGUUGAAACAAUGGGUCCCACCAACCAAAAUAUUCUCAUCCCAACUUGUAAAAUAUUGCUGCUCUAUCAGUUGACUUUCGUGUCAAAAUAUGAUGCGCUGCGUGCCCUCCUGUGACAGUUUUGGACAUUCAGGGACGGCAUGCAUUGUGACUUUUCAAAGUACACUUACAUUUUCACAGGAAAUGUACAGUUUCUGCUUAUUAGAUGCAAACAGUAUUUUUAAAAUACAUUUUACAACUAGGGUUGCAGCGUUUUAAAGUAUACCGGGAUAUAGAAGUUGAGGCUUAUCGUAAAAGCAACUGGACGUUGAUAUUUUAGUUAUUUUCAAAGAGGAGACUUUUUACACAAACUAACAUUAACAAAAUGGUUUCAAGGUUCAAUUACAGUAAUUAAACGUUUGUUCGACCAAAAAUAACCCUUAAGUUUUAUUCCUUAAAGGAUCAUUCUGACUGAUAAUAACAUAAAUUCUGUCACACCGUGACACUGCGUGACGUGACAUUUUCUGAAACCAGAAAAUUAUAAUACAGUGAAAAUCUCAUACUGUUGCAACCCUAUUUACAGCGUAGGUUAAACCCCUUGUUUUACUUUUUUUUCUCCUUGUGCAACAAAAGUACGUGGAUAGGUUUGGAAAAAAAACAUCAUGGUUUAGGUGAACAUUUAUACGGGAAGCAAACAGCCGGCUCCCGGGUGAAAGUCCAGGGUUUGUUGGACCCAUCUCACCUUCCACCCAUCCCAUAGGGACUUUCAAGCUCUUCAUAUUGCGUUGUUGCCGGCGGCGUUACAAACUAUUGCCUUCCUGCGUCGUUACAAACUGAUGCUGCCUGGUGGCGUAUCAUAGCGACACAAAAGAUGCCUUUCUGCAUCUGCGUCUGAUGUGCAAUCACUGACAGAGCGGAGGUAUUUGACAAGUUGGGAAUGAGAACGGGCCGUCCAGACAGAGGACACAAACCAGAUUUCUCAUUUCUAGCCAAGAACCAGAUUUGAUUUGAUCUGAUUUUGCCGUCUGAAAUGUAAAGUGCUGGUGGCAGGUUUCAUUUGUUUCAGCUAGCUUGCUAAUUAAGCUAAUGUUAGCUCCAUGUGUCUGGCUGACUUUUCAAGGUCUUAAAUAAGCACUUGAUACUGAUGACUAACCAAUGCAUCAGAGACAUGUAAUGUAAUGUAAUGCUAUCCCAGGUAACGCUGGCUCAGGUUACUGGAGUGUAGACCUACACAAACCCAUUAAAGAGCUACUAACGUUAGCUUAAACUCUAAUUAGCAUCCAUCCCUGACUUUUGCACAAUGAGAAAAUGCAACAGAGGGUGUGCUCCUCGUGUAAUGCGACAUUGAUGUUGUAAUCAGAUGAUGCAUCCCUAAGCUUUUGAAGCAAUGCUUGGUUUCUGCAGGUAGGAAGCUAGUUAGCCGAGAAUUCUGAUGACUGCAGCUAACGUUAAAGAGGACAAACAUUGUUUCGUCUAGUCUUUUCUAACUUUUACUUGUGUUUUUGGUUUUGCAAAAGUUUGGAGAAAGACACCCCAAAUCUUUCAAUGCAGGUUAUCACUCCCAUAUGUUAGGGGUCAGAAUCACCAGAGGAUCCAUAAUACGAUAUUAUCAUAAUAAUUUUAAGACAUGAUACGAUGUUAUUAAGAUAAAAUAUUUUGCGAUUUAUUUCCUUUUUUCAAAUGUAAAUUAUGUCCCCAAAGGAAAACUUUGUCAAAAUCUGUUUUAUUUAAUAAGACAAAGUUUUUAGCCAUUUCUUUGCAGCAAAAUGUAUCUGGUGAACUGAAAAAGCAAUUGGUUAUAUUUCAUUUGUCUUGUCUUGGCACUGUGUGGCGAUACGACAUUGCCGCACAAAAAUAUCACAAUACUAUACUGUAUUGAUUUUUUCUCACCCCUAACAUAUGGUCCCAUAAACAUGCAGAGAAAUCCAAAGUUUGACAGACUUGUGUUCCCCGUUUCGGCUGCUACACUACAAUUGGACGAUUGCUGUUGAAGGUAUGGGUUUAGCGAACGGUCAGUUAUCAAUGUAUGAUCCUAUUUUGGCAUUUUGACACACUCUAACUUACAGACUCUUAUGGGCUCCAUUAAUGGUCAGAUAUCUUCAAAUAAACCAGUGUCACACACACACGUUCCUGCGGUCAGGUUGUACGGUUCUCUCACAUGGAAAAUAUACAGUAUUGUACACUUGCACUAUCGCCUGCACAUGCACUGAGUCACAAAAAUAAAAGGUGUAUUCCGUAGCAUGGCAAA